AGAAGUGGCCGGCCAGAACAGCCAUUGCAGCUCGUCGGGCGAAGACGUAUCUGGGACCGGCCAGGGCCCAUUCCGAGCCGCGCCGAAACCACAAGCCGAGCCGGAAGUGACGCCACCGCCAGGCAUCGCGAUGACGUCGUCUGCGAGUACCGCGGCGGCGACGAAGCAACCGUCCGCUCUGUCUCAGUGGCAUGCCGUCAUCUUCUACUUCGUGCUGGCCUUCGGGGAUCGUCUGCAGAACCCGUACGAGUACAAGCUCUACUACUACAACAAGCUCGAGCAGCCGGCGAUCGCGCUGAUCUACGCCGUCGGUGCUCUCGGAGGCUGUCUCGCCGAUCUCUGGGGACGUUCCCUGGCAAAGCGCGUCGGCUGGAGGCUGUCGGCGCCCCUCCUGCUGGCACUCCUGAUCCAGUCCUGCAUGAUGAAGAAGAGCCACGAGCUGGAAACGCUGAUGAUCUCCAAGCUUUUGGCCAAGGUGAGCGUGCUCACUCUGUUCCCGCUGGCCGUGGGUCAGUUCACUGCCCGCACCAGGCCGUCGGACCUGGCCAUCAUGAUCGGCAUCGGCUUCAUCGGCAUCGUCUCGGGAGUCAUCGGCAGCGUGCUCUGCGACGUCAUCUACUUCGACUGCUUCGUCUUGUUCCGCACUGCGGCCUUCGUGCUGGGCGCCCUCUUCUUCUUCCACUGGCUCUCCCCGAAGCCUCAGCCCAUCAAGGACCUCCUGGAGCCGUACCGUUCCGACCGCGUGGUGAGCGUCGCCGUGCUCUCCUCGGAAGCCGCCCUGUGGUGCUGCAGCACCAUCGUCGAGGCCUUCUGGGCCCCGCUGGUCAACCCUUCCAACAUGGACGUCGGCCUGCUGUACGCGCUCUAUUGCUUUUUCCACGUCUUCGGCGGCUGCUUCUUCCGGGUGACCCGCAUGAUCCAGGCGACGCCGCGCUACAUCCUGACCCUGUCGUGCCUCCUGGCUGCCAUGGGCAUGUUCUUCGCGGCGGCCGCCAUGCCCGUCUACCCGGACUCCGUGCUGGUCGUCGUCAUGGCCAUGCUGGCCUUCCACUUCUCGCUCGGCCUGUGGGGCGCCGCGCUGCGCAAGCUCAGGAACUGCACCAUGCUGUCGCCCCGGAACGAGGCUUACGCCCGCUGCGUGGGACGCGUGGUCGCGGCCGCCAUGCUGGCCCUGAGGCGCGAGUUCGACACCCAGUACCUGUGCGGCAUCUUCACGGUCUGCUGCUGCUUCGUCCUGCUGUCGCUGCUGCCCGUGCAGUCGCUGGCCCGCUGGAAGCAGAAGGCCCGCGUCAUCCAGGUGCUCAGGUCGAUGGCAGGCCACUCGUCGACAGCGUGACCAGCCGAGUGACGACCUCGUCGUGGCGGUGUGUGUUGAUGCAGGAGGAGUUGGGUGCUGGUGAAAAAAGGAUGACGUCGGCAGGUGGAUCUACGGGAUGUUAGCUACACCAGACUUCAC